AUGGCUCCUCCAGCUUUACAUCCAGAAAACGCUCUUAAGAGAGCUGACGAAUUAAUUUCCGUCGGUGAACAACAAGCUGCUUUAGUUUCAUUACAUGAUUUCUUCACUGCUAGAAGAAUUCGUUUUGCUCAACCUUCUGUUGUUGAACCAAUUAUUUUCAAAUUUUUGGAAUUAGGUGUUGAAUUAAGAAAGGGAAAAUACAUUAAAGAUGCUUUACAUCAAUACAAGAAGUUGAUUCAAAACUCCAAAGAAGGUUUGAUUUCUAUUGGUAUAAUCGCUCGUAAAUAUGUUGAUUUGGUUGAAAAAAAAAUGAAUGAACAACAAUUGAAAGAGAAUGAAACAAACAGAGAAACUGCUGAUGAUUUAGAAGGUGGUGUUACUCCAGAAAAUUUAUUGGUUUCAGCUUUUUCUAAAGAUCAAUCUGUUACUGGGUUCAAUGAUGAUGAAUUUACUUCUUGGAUGAAAUUCACCUGGGAAGCUUAUAGAUCUGUUUUGGAUUUAUUAAGAAAUAAUUCUCAUUUAGAAAUUACUUACGCAGGUGUUGUCAACAGAACCAUGCAAUUUUGUUUGAAAUAUAAUCGUAAGAAUGAAUUCAAGAAAUUAACUGAUAUUUUACGUCAACAUUUAGAUGCUGCUAAUUAUCAACAAUCUAAAUCUGGCAAUAAUAUUGUUGAUUUACGUGAUAAUGAAACUUUACAAAGAUAUUUGGAUCAACGUUUCAAUCAAGUUAAUGUUUCUGUCAAAUUAGAAUUAUGGCAUGAAGCUUUGAAGUCUAUCGAAGAUGUUUUCCAUUUAAUGCAGAUGUCUAAAGUUCCUCCAAAAUCAUCUACAUUAGCUAUUUAUUAUUCUAACAUGGCCAAAGUUUUCUUAGUCUCCAAUAAUGUUAUCUUACAUACUGCUGCUUGGGAAAAAUUUUUCAAUUUAUUUAUUACUAAUCCAAAUGCUACUAAGGAUCAAUUAACUACUUAUGCUUCGUUGAUUUUAUUGUCAGGUUUAUCAAUCCCAUUAGACGACUUACCAGUUGUUGGCUAUGAUUAUAAACAACGUUUAUAUAAAUUGUUGGGCUUAGACGGUAAACCAACUAGAGCUGGUAUGAUUGCCUUGGGUUUACAAGAAAAAAUUGCAGAAUAUGUCGAUGAAGAUAUUAAAGCUUUAUACGAAUUAAUUGAAAACAACUUCAACCCAGAAACUAUUAAAGAUGACUUAGCUAACUUAUUACCAAAAUUAGAAUCUAAACCUUACUUCAAAAAUUAUUCUAAAUUUUUAGCUGGUGUGUUAAUGAGAAGAAUGUUUGUUGCUGCAUCUGAAAAAUUCACUGAUGUUGAAAUUAAUGAAUUAUAUGAUUUUGUCCAAUUACCAAGCUCAUUAAAAUUAUCUUAUUGGGAUAUUGAAAAAUCAUUAUUACAAGCUGCUGUUGAUGAUUACGUUGGUUUAUCAAUUAAUUACGGUUCAAAUACAGUUAGUUUCGUAAAAGAUCCAUUAGAAAUGUUCAUUAAUGCCAAUGAAAUUGCAGAAGCUGAAACCCCAGCUGGAGUUGAAGGCGAAUCUAAAACUGAAGGUGAAUCUAAGGGUGAAGGUGAAGAUGAUGAAGAAGAAGAGGAAGAAGAAGAGGAAGAAGAAGAAGAAGAGGAAGAUGAAAAGGGUGCUAUUGAAAAUGCCGAAGGUGCUGAAGGUGAAAAUGCUGAAGGCGAUUCUGGUGCACCAACUACUAAAACUAAUGCUUUCAUAUUUAAGGGCUUAGUUAAAUUAUCUAAUUAUUUGAAGGAAGAAAAUGAAAACUUUAAAGAAUUAACGUACUUGCAAAAGAUCAAAAUGGCUCGUACCAAUAUGAUUGAGCAAAAUGCUAGGGCCCUUGAGCGUAAGAAAACCAUCGCUGAAGAACGUGCUAAGAAAUCUUAUGAAAGAAAACAAAAGCAUUUGGAAGCUGCCGCUAUAAAUGCUGAACAAGAUGCCGAAUUAAGACAACAACGUAUGCUAAAUGAAAAAGCUAACAUCGAAGCUAAGAUGGAAGAAGAAGCCAAUCGUCGUCUAUUGGAAAAGAAGAAAAGAGCAUUUGCUGAAUUACAAAAGGAACAAGUUAAGAAGUUCAUUGAAAAUAUCAAUUCUACUGGUAGGACUUACAUUGAUCCAGAAUUAGCUGAAACUUUAUCAUUAAAGGAAAUCAAAGAUAAGGUCUUUGCUCAAGCCACUGAAGAAAAAAUUGAUUUAGAAUCUCGUAACUCAUACGCUGUGAAAAAAUUAGAUUACAUUGAAAGAGCUAUGAGAAAAGCUGAAUUGCCAUUAUUGAAAGCAGAAUCAGAAAGAGGUAUUGAAGCUGAUAAAGCUAAAUACGAAACUAUGAAGGAAAAAAUCAUCGAAAAUGCAAGAACUCAACAUGCAUCUCAAUUAGAAGAUCAUGAAAGAUUAUCCAAGGUCUUUACUGACUUCAAUAAAUUUAAGACUAAUUUAAGAACUAAAUAUGAUUCCGAAGGUUUAGUGGAACGUCAAGAAUUAAAAGCUAAAUUCGAAGCUGCUAAGAAGGCUAGAAUUGAAGAAAUUCGUCAAAAACGUUACGAAGAAUUAGUGGCUCAAGCUCGUGCCAAAAAAGAUGCUGAACUAUUGCGUAAACGUCAAGAAAUCGAAGAAGCUGCAUCACAAAAACAAAAAUCAACUUCUAUCCCUGGUGGUUCCAGUUAUAUGGAUAAGAUUAAGAGAAAGAAGGCUGAACAACAACAAAAUGCUAGAGUUAAUGGAUCUACCUCAUCUGCUUCUCCUGCUCCUGCUCCAUCUACUCCAUCAACUCCUGCCACUAAACCUACUCCCGCCCCAGCUAAGGAAGAAUCAUCAACUCCUGGUAAACCACUUACCUAUAUGGAAGCUAGAAGAUUAAGAAUGGCCAGAGAAGCCGGCAAAUAG